GGGAGCUUCUGUCGCCGCCGCCGCCGCCACCGCUUCCCACAGCCGCCGCCGCUGCCGCUCUGCCGGGUCCAACCUCCAGGCCCAGUGCCCUGACUUUGCCGAACCGGGGCGCUCUGCGGAGACAUCUUCACUCCUUCCUGGGGGUCCGGGACACCUAGGCCGGCGUUGGGGGGAACCUCUGCUUGCGGGUGACAGGGAGGGAGGAGCCUGGAGCCGGAGCCCGCGACACCCGUCGCCCGGAUCAACAGGACAGGACAGGUUGAGGGGCGUCGGGGAAAGGAAGGGGUGCUCUAGCAGUCCCAGGAGGCCGAGGAAGCCCUGUCGCAGGAAGCUGUGAUGCGCUGGGACUUACUAAGGCCUGUUCACGUUUGAGGAGUGCUCACUAGCAACGUGGGCACUCCUCUCUGGGGGGCCUUGUUAGAUUGGAGGGUGUGGGAUCUAAGCAGUGCCCGCUGCUCCUCGGGGGAAUUUAAGGGGCAACCAGAAAACAGACAGAAACGACUGAUGCUCCUGUUUCCGGGUGACAGAGGGUCCUCCAGACAACCACCUGGUGUAUGCACUAGGAAGGACUGAUUUGGAGGUGACUUCCAAAGGAGUGGAGGGUAACAAAGUGAGGAAAUGGCCUCAGCAGCUGGAACCCUGUGGUGCUAGAACCCCAGGUACUGGAACCCUGUGAGAAAAAGCAUUAUCCAGCCAGAGGAUCUGGGAACCCCUUCUCACUGAACCUAGACAGCCUGGAUAUUGAGACAUAUUUGGGGGGAUUUGGGGGGAAAAAGUGGGAGAGCCAUUCCAAUUAGAGUACAGCAAAGGAAAAAAAAAUCAGGACUGGGUUCCUCUCUGACAUUGACAGCAGCCCAGGAUGAACUAAUGUCCCCAAAGCUAAAGACCCACACCCUUCAGAACACAAGAGUAGGCUGGGCAGGAGCGGCCCCAAAAUAGGGUGGAAAGAAGUCUGAGGAGAUUAAGAACACAUCUUGGAAAUUUAGGAGGGUCUUGACUUUGGGACAGAGGAAGUGGGGACAGAGGCCAGAGAGGAGGGAAGGGGAGAGCUUUCAUUUGGGGACAAAAUUCAUGGGUGAGGUCAGCUGAGGAGUGCAUAGGCUGUUGGAGCCAGUGCAGGGCCCAAGGGUGGGAGCUGGUGGUUGUGGGGGGAGGCAAGGGGGUCUGGGGCUUAUCCUUAGGUCCUGUGGGUGGGGCGGUGGGUUGGGUCCAGAGCAUGCCCUGGUGAGAGGGCUCCUCUAGGGGAGCCCAGGGCGCUCCGGGAGCCUGCUGGUUUCGGGGUGUCUCCUCCCGGGGCGCUAUGGCGGCGUUGGCCAGUAGCCUGAUCCGACAGAAGCGGGAGGUCCGCGAGCCCGGGAGCAGCCGGCCGGUGUCGGCGCAGCGGCGCGUGUGUCCCCGCGGCACCAAGUCCCUUUGCCAGAAGCAGCUCCUCAUCCUGCUGUCCAAGGUGCGACUGUGCGGGGGGCGGCCCACGCGACAAGACCGCGGCCCAGAGCCUCAGCUCAAAGGCAUCGUCACCAAACUGUUCUGCCGCCAGGGCUUCUACCUCCAGGCGAAUCCCGAUGGGAGCAUCCAGGGCACCCCAGAGGACACCAGCUCCUUCACCCACUUCAAUUUGAUUCCCGUGGGGCUCCGCGUGGUCACCAUCCAGAGCGCCAAGCUGGGUCACUACAUGGCCAUGAAUGCCGAGGGGCUAUUGUACAGCUCGCCACAUUUCACGGCAGAGUGUCGCUUUAAAGAGUGUGUCUUUGAGAAUUACUAUGUCCUGUAUGCCUCUGCUCUCUACCGCCAACGUCGUUCUGGCCGGGCCUGGUACCUAGGCCUAGACAAGGAGGGCCGGGUCAUGAAGGGAAACCGAGUCAAGAAAACCAAGGCUGCUGCCCACUUUGUGCCCAAGCUCCUGGAGGGUGGGUAUGGGCUCAAGAAAAGUGGCCAUGUACCGGGAGCCUUCUCUCCACAGUGUCCCUGAGACCUCCCCUUCCAGUCCCCCUGCCCCUUGAGAUGUAGUCCCUGGACUGGAGGCUCCCUGCACUUCCUGUGAGCCAGCCACCGCCACAGCCUGCCUGGUAGCCCUGCUCCAGGCCUUGCUGCUCUUACCCCUGUUACCACAUACAUGCCCUAAGCAGCCAGGUCUCACCAGGUGCUGUACCCUGAGGGAGCUGGGGGGCUGGCUGGGACGUCGGGAGUUGCUGAGUUCUGGGGCCUAGAAGAGGUUGCGAGAUGGGGUGCCUGAAAAGAUCCUGGCUGACCACUUACUUCUUUUCACAUUAACUCCUCCCCCUCCAAAGAACCCCAAUUUUUCCCGAAAUGGCGCUGGGGGUCCCAAAACUGACAAAGCAAGGGAAUUAAUACUCCUCACCCUGGCCGAGCCAGUUUCUGAAGCCACAGCUUUCCAGGUCGGCCCACUGGCACCCAGCUAGUUUCCUCCUCUCCACCUCCGGCCUUGGUCUGGACAGGUUCUGAUCCACCUGAACACCCCAGCCAGGGCCCUUCUGUGUGCUGUAUUAGAACCCAGGCAUGGAUCCUUUAAGCUUCUAUUCUUGACCUAGGUGGCCCCCCUGGUUUUUUGUUUUGUUUUUUAAAGAAGAGGCUGAAUUCGAGCCCCCCAAUGUAGCCAUUGGCCUUGGUCUGAACCAGCCUCAGGUCACACCACAUGUUAAACCUUGGUAUCCCAGAGACACCCAAUUCUAGAGCAUGGUGUUCUAGACCUUUUUGGAGCCAUACUUCCUCCUGAAUCUCAGCUCCAGGACACAGACCAUGACUCUCAGCCCUUUUUUCCAGGGUGGAACUAGGGCCUGUAUAGCCAUAUUAUUGUACUAUAUUGUACUAAGUUCUAAACCAACUCUUUCACUUCCUUAAUGAUUAUUUAAGAAUGAGCUCUGCAUAGAACUCAGCUAUGACUCAUUAAGAACUAAUUGGUUCUGAGCUGUGCUUAGUAGCACAUGCCUGUAAUUCAGCACCUGGGAGACUGAGUCAGAAGGAUUUCGAGUUGGAGGCCAUCCUGGGCUAUAAUAGCAAAGCCCUGUCUGAAAAGCCAACACACACACACACACACACACACACACACACACACACACACACAC